AUGGCAGCGUCUCCAGCAAGCAAGUUUGCAGGGGAAGCUCUCCCGCCUACCUUGACACCCGCUUGCCAGCAGCCACCUCUCUACGAUGGCGCAACCAGGUUGUACAUGGCGUACGUUUGCCCAUAUGCGCAGCGAGCAUGGAUCGCGAGGAACUGCAAGGGUUUGCAGCACAAGAUCUUGCUUGUCCCCAUCGAUUUGGCGGAUAGGCCAGCGUGGCUCAGAAAGAUUUACCCCAAGAAUCAGGUACCCUGCCUAGAGCACAACAACAAAAUGACAGGAGAGAGUUUGGAUUUGAUCAAGUAUAUAGACAGCAAUUUCGAAGGCCCCAAAUUGAGUCCUGAUGAUCCUGAAAAGCAAGGGCUUGCAGAAGAACUGCUGGCUUAUUCAGACACCUUCAAUCAAGCGAUGAUGUCGGCAUUGACCGCCAAGGGGGCAGUGACUGCUGAUGCUGAAGCUGCUCUGGACAAAAUAGAAACCUCCCUUUCAAAAUUUGAUGAUGGGCCUUUCUUUCUCGGCCAGUUCAGUCUGGUGGACAUCGCAUAUGCACCAUUUGUUGAUGGAUUCCAAGUAUUCUUUGCCAACAUAAAGAACUACGAUACCACGGCAGGAAGGCCUAACAUGCAGAGAUUCAUCAAGGAAAUGAAUGGAAUUGCGGCGUAUGCGCAGACCAAGCACGACCCUCAAGAACUGCUUGCUCUCACAAAGAAGAAGCUCGGGAUAUAA